AUGAAGGCGGGGGUGCGCCCCGACAACCGCGACGAGGCUGGACUCGCACCGCUCGACGUCCCUGACUUGUUGGGCAUCCUGGUGGUCAAGGGGUGGGGCGACGACGAGACGUCGAAGGCGCUCGCGUGCGACGACGACACCAGUACCCGCAAUUUCAACGUGAAGUUGGCGGUGGGGUCGGACGGCUUGCUCCCUCUGGUCGAGGAUCCGAGCGAGCUGCAGAUCGCCACUGUGCGAUGCUCGCACACGACGGCCACGCUGCUUUGCAUCCACGGCGAGGUGCGGUCGAUGAACCAGGAAAUGUCUGAUGAGCACGGCCGCGUCUCCAUGGCUCGCAUCUGUGAGCGACAGCCGUCUCUCAAGCAGCCAUUGGAGCGCGACUUGAAGUAUAACGCCAUCAACGCCCUGCUGGUGGCGCGCUGCCCAGAACUGAUGAAACUCAUGGCCCAGAGCGGCGACGCGGACCAUGGGGCCGCGCGCCAGGCCACCACGGUGCAGCGCGCCAAGAAGGUCUGGAUGAUCGCGAAGAUGCAGCCGGGCCUCGAGACGGCCGAGGACUGGGCUCGCGCCACGACCGCCACCGCUCAUGGCGAGCACGCUCGCCACCUCGGGACGAACGCACAGGAUGGCAGGCACGAGUGGGAGGGGGCCAUGCUCGACAUCCUCGAGAAGUCCGAGCGGUCCCCCAGCGCAAAGCGCACCAUCGCGUGCGACGGUCUGCAAGCGCUCAGCCAGCUGCAAUUCGCGGAGGGCCCGCUGUGGAUACUGGCGUUGAUCGAGGCGCAGCUGGCGUCGCCCCCUAAGUGGGCGACGCCAGGCGGCGAGAGCACGCACUUAAACACAGCGGGCUACAAGUCCAUGUCCCCUGGCGGCAAGAGCAGGAGCAAGGCCAUGAGCGCCGGCGAGCUGCAGGUGCGCAACGCGCCGUUGCCGCGGCUCGACAUCGAGACAGGCGUCGGCGACGAUGCUGCCAGCGCGAACCCUGCGCCGAAGAGGGCCAAGCUUGCGGCCUCCAGCACGGCCAAUGGCUUCGCGGUCGGCGCCACCGUCGUCUCCAUCGCCUUGAAGAAGGAGGCGGGCGCGGCCCGCUACCUGAUCACUGCCAUCACUGGUCAGACGGCCCACGUACGUGGACCGUCUGAUGACGACAUCACGCUGAAGAUGAGCGAGGUCCUCGACGGCUACACUGUGCUCGUGAGUACCGAACUCAAGGUUGUCGAUUGCGCGCAGCUCGACAAGUUUCGGCGCGCGAACGAGGGUGCAGCGAUCGAGACCACGAAGGCGCGCUUGCGGACCGCACUCGGCGCCGUCGAAGACCUCAAGAUCUUCGGAGGGGGAAAGUUGGCGCGCAAGCAGCAGGCGAAUGGCAAGGUGAACUUGAUUGCGACGGGCGCCUUCAAGGUUGGCGAGCUGCAGAUCGCGCAGUCGCAUGACAGGGUCAGCAUCGAUAAGCAGAGCUCGGCAACCAUGCGUGUCUCUCACAGUGGGGGCUUCGCUGGAGCUGUGGUGGCGCCCUCGGUGCUUGAACUGGGCGGCGUUCCGUUCGCGGCGACCCUUCGGGGCAAGCGCGGCCGCCUCGGUGACGAGAAGAUGUUCACAUCGAGCCCGUUCUGGUGUGUCCAGAUGGUCCAUGAGGGAGGCCGCAAUGUCGAGAUUCGCUCGCUCGAAACCUCAGUCUUGGACACGAAGGUGAUCUUAACCAUGUGGGUCAACGUGACGGACGCCGAAGAGGGGCAACUCAUUCUGGGUCCGCUCCAGGACAUGGGCGGCUGCGCGGGCGGCGCAGUCGGCAACGGCAGCGACGCCGCCAACCGUGGCAAGGACGGCAGGGGCAGCAGGGGUGGCUGCGCGGGCGGCAAGGGCGGCAAGGCUCCUGGUCGAGGGAAGGGGCGGGGCGCAUAA